AUGAAGCGUUCUGGGGCUCGCAGACGCGCGCGGGAAGGGGAGAGGGCGAGGAGAGCCCCGCGCGCCCAAUCGCAAGCCCCGCCCUGUCCCCGCCCCUCUGCCUCGGCCCCGCCCCGCCGCCUCAGCCCCGUGCUGCGGCCAGCCGCCUCAGCCCGCCCCGCGACCUCAACCCCGCCCCGCCCCCAAGCCUCGGCCCCGCCCCGCCCCACCUCCUGGGGCGGCACGCGACGCCCCCUCCCGGCCAGGUUCCCGCGCCCGAUUUGGUGUUUAGGGGGAGGCGGCGGGAGGGGUGGUGUGCGCGGCGGAAGGGGAAGGGGAACAGGCUCUCAGCCGCGCCGCCGCCGCCCGGUGAGGACCCGCGAGGCCUCGGCGUCCAGCCUCGGAACAAUGGGACUCGGCGCGCGAGGUUUCCUGACGUUGCUGGCGCUGGGGGUCGUGCUGGGGGUGGCGCUGCUGAAGGUCUUCACGGACAGCGCGGACCUCGAGGGAUCUCCAAGCCAGAAGAAUCCUAUGUCUGUAGAAAACUCCAAUGAUAACCAAGCAGGAAAUACAAACAAGAAUGAUCCUAAGUCUGCAGAAAACUCCAGUGAUACCCAAGGAGGAUCUUCAAGCCAGAAUAAUCCUCAGUCUGGAGGUAACUCCAAUGGUAACAACCAAGCAGGAUCUUCAAGCCAGAAUAAUCCUACGUCUGGAGGUAACUCCAAUGGUAACAACCAAGUAGGAACCUCAAACCAGAAUAAUCGUCAGUCUGCAGGAAACUCCAAUGAUAACCAAGGAGGAUCUUCAAGCCAGAAUAAUUCUCAGUCUGGAGGUGACUCGAAUGGUAAGAAUCAGGCAGGAUCUUCAAGCCAGAAUAAUCCUCAGUCUGGAGGAAACUCCGAUGGUAAGAACCAAGCAGGAUCUCCAAACCAGAAUAAUACUCAGUCUGAAGAAAAGCACAAUGGUCACCAACAAGGAUCUCAAAACCAAGAUAAUACUCAGUCUGAAGAAAAGCACAAUGGUGACGAAAAAGACCCACAGGGACAUCACGACCAUAAAGGAAAAUCAUCAUCAGAAACUAAAGAUUCCUCAGCCUCAAAUAAUGGGACAGCCACCACCUCGAAACCCUUAACAUCUAAAAUGAUAACACCAGUGGUCUCAACAAAUACAACUUCUGCCACCUUAAAGUCUACACCCAAAAUAACAAAUGUUUCACAAAAUACAUCCCAGGUAUCAGUAUCCACAGUGACCACAGCCCACAAUAGUUCUUCAUCAGUAACAGUCACAACAACUAUUAUUUCUAAGGAAAAUAAAGGAUCAAAAUUUGAUACUGGCAGCUUUGUUGGUGGUAUUGUAUUAACACUGGGAGUUUUAUCUUUUCUUUACAUUGGAUGCAAAGUGUAUUAUUCAAGACGAGGCAUUCGGUAUAGAACCAUCGAUGAACAUGAUGCCAUCAUUUAAGAGACUCCAAGAACCAAUGGAAAGAAGAGUGAUACAGCCUUAUCACCUAAUUUUGAUUUAUUACUCUAAUACAGUAUUCUCUUCUUGAAAAUAGCAUAAAUAGGCCGUGCAUAUAAUAUACAGUAUAUUAUAUACAUAUGUAAAGAUUCCUCAUGAUUAUUAAAGGAAAAAGGUUUUGGUUUGGGGGUUUUUAAUGAACAUAUGGAGCAUAUAGUUAGUGCAGUGGUAUUAUAUUCAGUUUUAGAAAAUGCAUAGUAAGACGAACAAGUCUGGUCUUCCUUUUCUGUGGCAUUGGUCACAUAGGCGAGUAAUUGGAAAGCAGCAUCACUGAAGGGUAUGGUGCCGUCUGGUCAUUCAAAUAAGGAGCUUGUCUCAGCACUAAGGAUUUUGAUGUCUUUGUUAGUCACACAAAGAAUCUCAGUGCUAAUAACAGCUGGAUAUAUCCUAAUUACCAUUGCCACAUAGCAGAAAUUAUAUGAAUAAGCCACAUCUUAAGCAUAAUUUUAGUUUAUUGUCUCUUAAGAACCCAUCAAUAUUUUAUAUAGUUAAAGUUAGUUAUUUUGUUUAGAACAAAAUAUAUGUCCUCCCCCACCAAAAAAAAAAAGAAAAAUUAAAACUAGAAACAGUGUCUAGGCUCAUCCUUGUUAGAGAACCAUUGGAGAGCCUGUAUUUUUCUUUUGUGCUUUCAAUAGCAGUUGAUGUAACUGCCUUUUUUCUCCUCUGUAAUUGCUGUUUAACAUAAUAAUGUUUUAAAGACUUAGUUGUUAGUAUUAAAUAAUUAGAUUAUUUGCUACUGUGAGAACACUGUCACCACUGGAAAUUGCUUUAUUUCAUGUUCAGUUGUUAAUUUUAUAUUUAGUGAAUAUUUUUAACAGAUGUAGAACUGCUUUCAAUGUUUAGACCUAGCUUAAAAAAAAAAAAAAUACCUUUAGAUGGUUUCCACAGCAACACUUAGCACUCUUUGGUCCAAAUUAGAGAGAAGUGCUAUGUUUGCCAAGCUGUGGGGCUGCCCUCAGGCUGCUACUCCUAUAGGUGCACUCCAUCAGUGUCACUCAGAGAUUUGGGGAAAUAGCAUUUUUACACUAAAACACCAACAUAUUUUGGAAUAAAUUCUUAGUUUUAAAACAGGAGUUUUUAAGACCGGACAUUCCUGCUUCCGUAUUUGGGUCUUCUCUCAACUUCUCCUCUUCUCCCCUGCUGAGGAGGAGGCACUUUCAGAUGUAUUAUGUUAAUGGAGAGAAAAAGCAUAAUAUUGUAAAGACAGCAGUAUUAGCCAACAUAUUUUGGAGUGUUUUCAGCUUUACAGUUUAUAUUCCAGCACUCAAAACUCAGGGUCAAGUUUUAACAAAAGAGAUACUUAGUCAUACUGCGUACUAACAUACUGUUUCUUCUAUCUUAGACGGUCAAAGUAAAUCACACCAAUUUCUGACAGCCCAGAAAUGAGCUAAGAAGUCCUAAUAAAUGUGUACGUUCAUUUAAGAGGAAUUAAAUGUAACUUUUGUGCAGAGAAUCAAGAAUUCUGAUAUGAAAGGAUCAUUUCUACUCACUGUGUAUCGUGGCCAACUGACAUGAUGAAGAAUAAGAAUUAUGCAAAAUCGGGAUGUGACAGGACGGGUGGAUGAGACACACGCAGUGUGGAAGGCGUGCGUGAAACACGUGUUUGCAUUAGUCUAGAAAGAGAUCUGGGCGGAUAGAUGACUUGCAUGUUACUAACUUAUCCAUAACUGGUCCUUUACCCACUGCUUCACUUCUUUGCAAAAUAUACUGAAGACAUGUUUUAUAGUAAAGAAGGCUUUUUAACCUUAACUUGUCUUCUGAAUUCUUGGUAUUUCAGUACUUCAAGUCAGUCAGAACUUUGUAGACAGGCCUGAAAUUUUCUUGAAUACUUGUUUCUUAGCACUUUGAAAAUAUAAAACCACUUUUUAAGUACUGAAUGUCAUUAUUUGCCUUUAAAAUUUCCUGUUCUUGGGGCUUGAAAAAAUUUAGUUAUGUCUUUUUCUGUAUAUAAGUUGUAUAAUUUGUUACUUUCAAAUAUCAGUAGUUCAAUACAAUCAGGUUUUGGGGUUUGGGGUUUUUUUUGGUUAUCUGCAAAAAAUAAGGGAAACAACUAUAUAAACCAGUAUUUCACUUUGGAGCACAUUUCCUAAGUAUAAAUUUAUCUUCCUCAUUAUGUUUACUUCAGCAAAUGUUCAGUUUCAUUUGCAUUCUUUAAGAAUGUAUUUACUUGAAGAUAAAACCAACUCAAAUGUAUGUUUAAAUAUUAGGUAGAAUUCAACCUAAGAUUUUUAAAUUUCCUUGGAUACUCCAUAGAAUGAAUAAUUCAAAUACAGUUAAUGAGAGCUGGCAAAAUUAGAGUGAUAAUUUUGUAUUUUUCAGGAAAAAAAUAUAAAGCAAAUUUCUGUUACAUUUUUUCUUUUUAUUAUAAGGACCAACUUUUGGUAUUUCCUUGUUACUGAGAUCUAUUUUUAGAAUAAAAUUUUGUUCUUUAUCC